AUGAAGUGUUGGACGUGUUGGAUUGCUGCUGCUGCUGCAGCGUUCCUGCCGCUCAGUGUGAUGGGAUUUGACUCAGAGCAUCUCCAAGCUGAGAACCUCAGUAUCCUUCCUCCAGAGGAACACCACUUGGUCCUGAACCGAGACAUGAAAGUGCCGCCCAGAGACUGCUAUGAAAUGCUGAUGGCUUCUUCAGGUAAAGCCAGAGACGGCAUCUACCUGAUCCAGCCGGGCGACUCGCCCAUCGUGGUCUACUGCGCCAUGCAGGAGGGCGGCUGGACCGUGGUGCAGCACAUCACCGUCAACAGCAGCGUCAACUUCGACUGCACCUGGAACGAGUACAAGAACGGCUUUGGCCUGGUCACCGGAGACCACUGGCUGGGGAACGAGUACCUCCACCAGCUCACCCGCGGCCCCGCUCGCUACAAACUGGGAAUCAAACUGGUGGACCCGGACGCCGUCACCAAGACCGGGGAGUACGAUCCCUUCCUGGUGGAGGGUGAGUCGUCGGCGUAUAGACUGAGGCUGGGGCUGUUUCAGGGCACGGCUGUGGACGCCCUCACCAUGGACACCGAGAACUACCUGCACGACAACCAGAGAUUCACCACCAAAGACAGAGACAAUGACAACUACUUCAAAAACUGUGCCAAACUGGAGUUUCAGGGGGUGCCCGGAGGGGGGUGGUGGUACGACGCCUGCGCCGGCGCCAAUCUAAACCGCAGGAAUGUCAUCUACUGGCAGAAGGACUGCAACAAGGAGCGGCUGUGCAAGUAUGCGUGGAUGAUGGUGAGACCUUCGGACACAGUGAAGCUGGUCCACGGCGGAGACUGCAUGAAGGACGAGCUGUGAGGAGAGUUACAUGGACAUGCUGGACAUCCAGUUCACCACGGUUUAUUCAAAAAUGCAUGAACAUGAUCACAACGGACUGAAACGAACCAAAAAGACCUCUUAAUAAAGUUUGAAUCACAGUAUAAAAUUGUAAUUUUAGCUCAAGUUUUUGUGUCCAUCAUACACCACGUCUGUAUAUUUCAA